CAGAUCCAGCUCCAUGUUUGCUUCAACCUCAUGGUGGCUUACUUGUUGUUUAUGAUUGGAGUCCCCAGUGUUGGCAACAAAACUACGUGCACGAUUGUAGCUGUCCUGUUGCAUUACACCUUCCUUACAAGUUGGUUCUGGAUGGGAAUCUACAGCAACAGAUUAUACAACUCAUUGGUUAAGAUCUUCAGCAAGCCAGCCAACCAUUACAUGGUGAAGUCAAGUUGUCUUGCGUAUGGAUUGCCUUUAAUAAUUGUCGGGAUUAACCUCGCUGUUACCGUGGGAUACCUUGAUAAAAAGAUAAGCAGACCUCUAUGUCCGAAUGACACCCCACCACCCCCAUCUUCGUUGUAUAUAGCGGACAACAUGUGUUGGAUUCACCAGGAAACACUUUAUUUUGGCUUCCUGUUGAUUGUUGGCUUGAUUCUGUUGAUGAACUGCAUUAUCUUCACAAUCUUGGUUUACAAACUUAUCAUUAAAAGAAAUGAGGUGCAAUCAAGUGCUAAGAAACGCAGCAAGCAGCAAAACCUGGUAAUGGCGAUCACAAUGUGUUUGUCCAUGGGAUUGACGUGGGUGUUUGGGUUCCUGAUGUUGCUUUCAUACGACCCGGGGUAUCAGUCUGUUAUGAGUUGGUUGUUUACUAUUUCUAUAGCACUACAGGGCUUGUUGGUAUUUUACUUGACUUGUGUACGAAACAUAGAAAUGUUCAACUUUUGGUGGAAACCGAUUAAAUCUAUUGUGACUCGGCAAAAAUACAGCCCAUCAAAAACUGCACUGUCAUCGCAAUCAAGCAGAUAUACCGAGUCACAAACAAUUUGAUUGUUGCAUAAUUGUAAUUGUUUUGUCAUAAUUUACAACAAUGUUUAUUUAGUUGCAAAUAAAUUUUAUUAAUUAU